AAAGGUACCUAUAUGUUCAAUAAGCCAGUCAAGAUAUUCUAGAUAGACUAGAUAGUGUCUGCUUUAUAGUUUUAAAAGAAUUUUCUCUAAAAUGUCAAUACCAAAAUUCGGAAAAAGCAAUAUACCAGCCGUCGGAUAUGGAACCUUUUCUAUUGUUGACGAAGAUGAAAUGGAGAAAGCCCUAGACGCAGCUAUUGAAGCUGGCUACAGACAUUUAGACACAGCUACCAUCUAUGACAACGAGCAUCUCAUAGGAAAAGUUCUGAAAAAAUGGUUUGAUUCGGGAAAACUUCGCAGAGAAGAAAUAUUCAUCACGACAAAAUUGCCAACACACGGUGUCCAUCCUGAUAGAGUAGAAAAAUUCUUAAACGAAUCAUUGGAAAAGUUGCAAGUUAACUAUGUUGAUUUAUAUUUGAUUCAUUUUCCUGUUACGACUAAAGAGAGGCUAGAUGUGGUUCCUCUUGAGGUUGAACCAACCGAUCUUAUAGCAGUUUGGAAGAAACUGGAAGAACAAGUUGACUUAGGACGCGUCAGGAGUAUCGGCUUGUCAAAUUUCAAUCAGAAGCAGGUUGCCAAAAUCGUGGACAAUUCCAGAAUAAAACCUGCAGCUAACGAGGUGGAAAUUCACGUUUAUAUGCAGCAACCGGAACUCGUGAAGUUCUGUCAAGACAAUGGCGUGGUGGUUAUAUCGUACUUUUCAUUAGGAAAUCCAGGAAUCAACAAGUUUUUUGCCGAGCACGGUGCACCAUUUUUAAAAUUCAAACUAAUUGGACUUCUGGAAAACCCCAUCGUUGAAAAAAUCGCCAAAAAACACCACAAAACAGUGGCACAAAUCCUACUCAAAUUCCUGGUUCAAAAAAAUAUCGCUGUCAUUCCUAAGAGCGUCACACCCAGUAGAAUCAAGCAGAACAUCGAUUUGUUCGAUUUUACUCUGGACCAGACCGAAAUAAAAGAACUGGAAAGUUUGGAUAAAGGAGAAGGAGUCAGAGACCACAGCAUCAUAUUCUCCAAAGAGUUUAUAGAACAUCCAGAGUAUCCAUUUCCCAGAGAGUAAAUAUACUAAAGCAUCAGAUUUCAGAAAAUAAUUACUUGGAAUAAGGAAUGUGUAAUUUGUAUAUUUUUUUUUGUAAAAUUAUAAAUAAAGAUAAGUUAAAAAA